CCCUGUCUCACAGAUGAUGCGGAGCGGGUUCGGCACGUGAAUAUUAAGCGUGCAUCACCAUUUGCUGAGGGAACAAUGAAUUUGCAGCGGUUAUUGACAGCAGCCCGUGUCAGCUGCCAUCCCUGGGCGUGUGGCGGGCGGUGACACAGACCGUCGCUUGUGCUGCUGCUGCCGCUCGUUCGCUCGCGGUCUCAGUAGCGAGGAGCGGGGCCGGUGCCAGUGCGCGUAUCGCUGUCGGUGCGUCUGUCGGUGCCGGUGUCCGUCUGUCGGUGCGGGUGCGGCGGUGCCGGAGCCGCCCCGGGGCGGUGCCCGCCUCUCCCGAGCCUGCGCGGCGGCGGCGGCGGCCAUGGAGGUGCAGGUGGCCCCGCUGCGGGCCUGGGACGAUUUCUUCCCCGGCUCGGACCGCUUCGCCCUGCCCGACCUCAAGGACAUCUCGAAAUGGAACAACCGCGUGGUCAGCAACCUGCUCUACUACCAGACCAACUACCUGAUGGUGGCCGCCGCGCUCAUCUCCAUCGUGGGAUUUCUGAGUCCCCUGAACAUGGUCAUUGGUGGUACCGUGGUGGUGCUGGUGUUCCUGGGGUUUGUGUGGAUGUCUCACAACAAGGAUAUUCUCCGCAAGCUGAAGAAGCAGUAUCCAACCACGUUUGUGGUGGCCAUCAUGCUGUCUAGCUACUUCUUGAUCUCCUACCUGGGAGAUGUCAUGGUGUUCAUGUUUGGGAUCACACUUCCUCUCCUCUUGAUGUUUGUCCAUGCUUCUCUGAGGCUCCGGAACAUACAGAACAAGCUACAGAACAAGAUGGAGGGAAUAGGCUUGAAGAAGACCCCAAUGGGCAUCAUCCUGGAUGCUCUAGAACAGCAGGAGGAUAGCAUCAACAAAAUCGCUGACUACAUAUCUAAAGUGAAGGAGUAAGCAGCUGCAACAUGGCAUUUUCGCCUGUUGCAGGAGUGUAGUUGCUAUUUACUAUUGUUCAAGCUUGCUUUCAGUUUGUGUACAAAAACAGGAAAUGCAUGUGGUACAGGUUAAUAGUUGCAGGAUACAGGUAUUCCAAGGUCUUCAGGGCUCCUCUAAGAACAUAAGAGCAGCAACUUUUUUCUAUUGUAUAGCAAAAUGUUCUGGUGUUUACACAAGUACAUACUAACUUAGUCAUG